CGCUACGCUGAAACCCUAAUCUCCCGUAAUUCCCCGCACAUUCAUCUUACGGCAAUCAUCGUUACCUCUCUUGCUUCGUUUAUGCAAACCCCCGAAUUUUGUUGAGAUGAAACCCACAUUUCUUUGAAGAAAUCCGCUAUUUCGACUCAGUAAUUUUGAUCUAUAUGUCCGUUUCCGCUUCCAUUUUUGUGUGAUUAGAUUAUCUGCAAGAAGCUUGAAUCGAUUUCUGAGACACGGUGAUCGAUGAACACCCCUAUAAUUGGUGAGCCUUCUUCUUCAUUUUUUCGACCCACUGCAGGGAGAUUUCCCAGAGGUGAUAGAGGAGUACUUGGAGUAUGGAGUAAUGAAGUGCAUAGCCUUCAAUCGCCGCGGAACCCUUGUUGCUGCGGGGUGCUCUGAUGGAAGCUGUGUAAUAUGGGAUUUUGAGACCAGAGGCAUCUCCAAAGAACUGAGGGAUAAGGACUGUAUUGCUGCCAUUACCAGUGUCUGUUGGUCAAAGUAUGGGCAUCGAAUACUUGUUUCUGCUGCAGAUAAAUCGCUGACACUCUGGGAUGUUGCCAAAGGGGAAAAAAUAGCAAGAUUAACUCUGCAACAAACACCAUUGCAAGCUCGUCUGCAUCCUGGUUCUGCAACUCCAUCUAUUUGCUUAGCUUGUCCACUGUCAUCUGCACCUAUGAUUGUGGACCUGAAUACUGCAAGCACAACAGUUCUUCCUGUGUCACCGACUGAUAAUGGAAAUGGUGCUGGCCCUCCACCAUCACGUAACAAAUUUUCAGAUGGAUCUGCUCCUUUCACACCUACAGCUGCAUGCUUCAACAAGUGUGGAGAUUUGGUGUAUGUUGGAAAUUCUAAAGGGGAAAUUCUUAUUAUUGAUCAUAAUAGUGUCAAAGUACGUGCUAUUUUUUCUAUUCCCGGUAAUGCUGUGAUUAAGAACAUUGUAUUCAGCAGGAAUGGGCAAUAUCUUCUCACAAAUUCAAAUGAUAGGAUUAUCCGAAUCUAUGAAAAUCUUCUGCCAUUGAAAAAUGUGCUUAAUGCCCUCGAUAAUUUAAACCAAGAAGAAGAUGAGAAGGAUGAGAUUGAAAAGUUAAAGGCUAUUGGAUCAAAGAGUUUAGCUCUAUUUCGGGAGUUUCAGGACUCAAUUACAAAAGUUCACUGGAAAGCACCUUGUUUUAGUGGUGAUGGUGAGUGGGUUGUUGGAGGUUCUGCAAGCAAAGGAGAGCAUAAGAUCUAUAUUUGGGAUAAGGCUGGUCAUCUUGUGAAAAUACUUGAAGGCCCAAAAGAGGCAUUAAUGGAUCUAGCAUGGCACCCUGUUCGUCCCAUAGUACUAUCUGUAUCCUUGACUGGCUUGGUUUACAUUUGGGCAAAAGAUUAUACUGAGAAUUGGAGUGCAUUUGCGCCAGACUUUAAGGAGCUGGAGGAAAACGAAGAGUAUGUUGAACGGGAAGAUGAAUUCGAUUUAAUGCCUGAAACUGAAAAGGUGAAGGAUUCACUUAUCAAUGAAGAUGAGGAAGUUGAUAUUACAGAUGUGGAGAAAGAUUCGGCUUUCAGUGAUUCAGACUCGUCACAUGGUGAAUUACGCUUCUUGCCUGCUGAUCCUCUUCCAGAUGCACCUGAGCAGGAGGAUGACCGACAUGUAAUUGUUUCACGGCAGGGGUAUGGAAGCCAGUCUGAGUCGCCUCUUUCAGAGGAGGCAGGGCAGAAUGGUCAUCUAAAUAACCAUGAAUCCAGUCCUGCUGAAGAAGAUACAGGGGUUGUGACUGUGAAAAGAAAGAGGAAGCCUUCAGAGAAGGUACUCAACACUCAGGCAUCCAAGGCUCUGAAGUCAUCAACAGUGAUGGAAAACAAUUAAUCAUUGCUAGGAACUAAAAGAUAAUCCAUUGUUCCCCAAGUAGAUGAAUUAUUGUUUUAUUUGAAAUUUAUGUGCUGUGGGAGAAAAAUUGCUUGCGUUGCAUCUUGGAUGUGACUCAUUGCCUUUAACAGCAGGUGUAACCGUAGAAAUUCUGGGAUUUUUUUUUCCCUAUAAUUCAUGUCAUCAGUUGCUAAUCAAUGAAGUAAGUUUGUUAGGAAAUAAAAAAAUUGUAUGAAGUAUUGAAGUUUUUCUAGAGAUUCUUUCUGCAUAA